ACCUGCCGUUUUCCCGCGCAGACAGAACCGAACCGUGUUCGCGUAGCUUUCAAAGCGUUUUGCGUGUUUCUUCGAAUUUUUCCGUAUAAUAGAUAUCGUGUAAUAAAUAUUGGAUUUUUUAAUUAAUUGCUGCAAGGAUGGAUACGGAAAUCGAUCAGAAUCUGGAACAGAUAACGCGCGAAUAUGUUGAUUUUCUCGACGACAUGGAAGAUCAAGGCAUAUAUGCCACAAUGGUUAAAAACAUGGUUCAGGAAAAUAAGUACAGACUGGUUGUGAAUAUCAAUGAUUUGAGAAGGAAAAAUUCUGUGCGUGCAGCAAGCUUAUUAAAUAAUUCUUUCGAGGAACAACUAGCAUUUCAAAAUGCCUUAAAACAGUAUAUUUCAAGUAUAGAUAUUGAAUAUGCCAAGAGCAACAAAGAUUUCUUCGUAGCUUUUGAAGGUAGCUUUGGAAACAAACAUGCUACACCAAGAACACUUACCUCACAUUAUCUUGGUAACUUGGUAUGUGUGGAGGGUAUCGUCACAAAAUGUUCACUGGUACGACCAAAAGUUGUGAGAAGUGUCCAUUACUGUGAUGUGACCAAAACAGUCCUAGAGAGAGCCUACUCGGAUUUAACUUCCUUGGAAGCUUUCCCGCAUUCCGCUAUUUAUCCAACUACUGAUGAAGAUGGCAACCCAUUGGAAACAGAAUUCGGUUUGUCCACUUAUAAAGAUCAUCAAACACUCACUAUACAAGAGAUGCCAGAGAAAGCUCCAGCUGGACAGCUACCACGAAGCGUGGAUGUAAUCUGCGAUAACGAUUUGGUAGACUUGUGCAAGCCCGGAGAUCGAGUACAGGUCGUUGGAAAUUAUCGAUGUCUUCCAGGAAAGCAAGGCGGAUACACAACUGGCGCUUUUAGGACUGUUCUAAUCGCCAACAAUGUGAUGCAACUGAGCAAGGAAGCUAAUCUCGCGAUUUCCCACGACGAUGUGGCCAUGUGCAAAAAACUGGCAAAGAACAAUCCCUGCAAAAAUAUUUUUGAACUCCUCGCUAAGUCCCUUGCACCAUCUAUACAUGGCAACGAAUACAUCAAAAAGGCGAUUCUGUGUCUUCUAUUAGGCGGGGUAGAAAAGAUCUUGCCAAACGGUACAAGGCUAAGAGGAGAUAUAAACGUAUUGCUAAUUGGAGAUCCAUCGGUGGCCAAGUCACAGCUAUUACGUUAUGUAUUGUGUACCGCUCCACGAGCAAUUCCGACUACCGGACGUGGAUCUUCUGGCGUUGGUCUGACAGCGGCGGUUACGGUUGACCAGGAGACCGGCGAGCGUAGGCUAGAAGCGGGUGCGAUGGUACUGGCAGAUCGCGGUGUCAUUUGCAUCGACGAAUUCGACAAGAUGUCGGAUAUUGACAGAACGGCGAUACACGAAGUGAUGGAACAGGGCAGAAUCACGAUCGCCAAAGCGGGUAUUCACGCCAGUCUGAAUGCUCGUUGUUCGGUACUGGCGGCUGCGAAUCCUGUAUACGGAAGAUACGAUCAGUACAAGACACCUAUGGAAAACAUCGGCCUGCAGGAUUCUCUGCUAUCGCGUUUCGAUUUGCUCUUCGUUAUGCUAGACGUGAUCGAUUCAGAUCAGGAUCACAUAAUUAGUGAUCACGUUGUCAGAAUGCAUCGAUACAGAAAUCCUCUAGAGCAAGAUGGGGAGGCCUUGAGUUUAGGUUCCAAAUUGGAUAUGUUGACCACGAAGAAUCCGGAUGAUGUGGCCACUGAGGAGAUGCAAACCCAAGUUUAUCAGAAAUACGAUCCACUUUUACACGGACAAACGCGUUCUAAGAACGAUCAGAUUCUCUCCAUACAGUUCAUGAGAAAAUAUAUUCAUAUCGCACGAUGCAUGAAACCCAGACUCACGGAAGAAGCCAGCGCCGUUAUCGCGGAAGAAUAUUCGAAACUUCGGUCGGAAGAUAUGGUGGAAUACGAUGUUGCGAGGACUCAACCGAUAACCGCAAGAACCUUGGAGACGCUGAUCCGGUUAGCGACAGCACAUGCGAAAGCACGGCUCUCGAAAAACGUGGAAGAAGAAGACGCGCGCGCCGCGAUAGAGCUUGUGCAGUUCGCUUACUUCAAGCGCGUACUGGAAAAGGAAAAAAGGAAACGACGACGUCGCGACAGCGACGCGUCGGAGAAUGCGGGCGAUAUUGAUGAGAGCAGACAACCAAAACGCAGUAAAAAGACGAAAGAUUCGGACGAUCCGUACGAGUAUGAUAGCGAUGAUGCGCUCGAUGUGACGAGCACGAGAAUAACCAGGACGCAGUCACAAAAAAUCAGCAUGCGCACAUCCCCGAGUCGCACGGAGACCGCGGAGAGCAUGGAAAUUUCCGUUCCGGAAACAGCGACGCCGACAAUCACACAGGAAAGACUUACAAUCUUCAAGUCAUCACUUCACAAGUUGUUCCAAGACCGAAGGACUCAGACAAUUCCGUUGAGAGAAGUCACCAAUUAUUUAAACACAACACAAUCUUUGAAUUUCACGAACGACGAGAUCAACGCCGCCAUCGACACCAUGACCGACGCAAAUCAAAUUAUGGCAGCAGAAGGCAACAUCUUCCUGAUAUAAAAUCUUACUGUAUCGAAAACAAAAUUCAGCAGCCAAAAAUUGCAGUUUCUUCGAUUCAAUCUGUAGUUAUAAAGGUGGAUUGAGGUUGAGGUCAAUGCGCUCGUAAACAUCAAGAAUUCUAAGCACAGAACAAUCUUUUAUUCAGGCUGCCGUUCGCUUCCGAACAAGCAUGGGCGGACAUAGUCAAGGAUAUGAACUUCGUUCUCCGACAGAUAAUUCUUGGUCCUUCCUCGCUCCGGGAACUUUUGUUUAAGAGUACGAUGAACUAUGCGUGCAUCGUUUACUCAAUGAAGCGUCAUUAGGCAUUAUAAAGAAUCUAUAAACGAUACUUAUGUAUAGAUGCGUCGGUCCGACUGUAUAUAGGGUGUCCGUUAAAAGAUCGUUAGACGAUUAGGCUGCUGAGUUAUUUACACAAAUCAUAAGAUAUAACGAUUAUAUAAAGUUGAAAAUCUAAAGUGAAUCUUCUUGAAUAAAUAAAGUCUAAAUAUAUAAUUAUACUUGUAGAGAUUAAUUUUACAAUGGGCAGUUUUACAAUUGCAAGAUUCACAAGUAAAUAUUUUUUAUUAGAUGAUUCCUGAAAAAUAUAAUCUAGAAAAAAAAUUUAAUUUUAAAAAUAAGAAUAUUACACAUAGGAGACCAAGAGAAUGUAACAACACACAUAUAAAUAAGUUAGAAUCUUUAGUCAAAGGCAGAUAAUGUGGUAUGCGAUUAUUACACAUAUGAUUUCAAGGCACAAUAUGAUCUGAAAUCACGAGAGCUAACAGUUUUCUCAGAUUCAACAUGUAAGUGUUGAUUUUUCCAAAACUUUGAGCAUCCAACAUAACAUAAAAUAUGUCUAACUCAUUUACAUUUGUGUUGUUUUAUUCUAAGGAAUUUUAAUUAAUUUUACCCAUUUUCUCUAUUGUUUUUCAUUUUUUUUAUAUUCAAAUAUCUCAAGAGAAUACAAACCGAAGCUAGACUUAUACUUUAAGAGAUGUACACAUUGAUAGCUGAUAUCUCCUUGUGCACUUAAUAACAAAACUAUAAUAAUUCUUACUCAAAAAUUACAAUACCUCAUAUAAUACAUUAUCGCAUUAUGACAAAAGAUGAGUGUGUGAGUGUUCUGACUUUGUAUCCUGCACAAUAUAUAAGAUAAUAAAGUUGCCGAAGUGUGAUUGCAAACUAUUAGUUCUGUAUAUUACAAUCGUACAUUUUUUGCAACUCGUCGCUUCGUCUCGACGCAUACAAAUAUCACGUCUAAGCUUGCAUCAAAAUUAUUAUAAUGUAAAGCAUACAUAUGAGAAAUUAUCUAAUCAUUUAACAUUAAAUUAGAAUAGAUAUUGCAUGGAAAAGAAAUAUUUUUUUCACGCAUUUAAUCUAAUAUUGCUAAACUAAAAACAACUCUUUUGCAAUUCUUUAAUGAACGUUUUAUGUAUUUCAACGACGUACGAUUUUAACAUUACGUCCGGUUCAAAUGAAUAUACAUGUAACUGGAAAUGAAAACAACUAUUGUGAUAAAAAAAUAUUUCCACAUUUCCAUUUCUACAUUCACUUGGUAAUUAAAUCACAUGUUUUAUGUUAAAUUUAUAUAAUAAUCUAUUAUCUAUAUAUAUAAAGAAUAAGCAAGUACUUACACAUUAUCGAUUUGGCUUACAGUCAUUAUCUAAUGUAUAAUUGUGAAUUGAGGACUAUAGGGAAAAAGGAAAAAAUUAAUCGCGUAUCGUGUAUACGCAAUCAAUCGCGUAUUGCAUCAGUGUGAUUUAAAUGUGUCAUUUCACCAAUGAUCACUUUGAUUCUUUAAAUGUUCAUAAUCGUCGUUUGUUUAGCGUUAAAAACGCAUCGCCCAGUCUCAAAAACUAUUGUAAUUGUUACCGCCCAAUUGCGAGUUGAAGCCUCUGUUGUUUGGUGAAUAUCCUGGCCUGAAGUUGUUACCUAAACCUGUGUACAAACGAUACGAUAUAUACAUAUAUGUAUACAUCAAGAUAUUAAAGAUAUUCCUUGUUUCUUCAAGGUUCGGGAAUCUUAAGAACAGAUAAGUGAAGAUUGUGAAGUAAUAAUUGACUGUGAUUAAUCUAAUCUUCUAGAUCUAUCAAAUAUCACAAAAUGAUUUAAGAAUUGCGUAAUAAAAAUAUCAUCUCUGUAUUUAACAG